UGUGUGUGUUGUAGGUAGACGCCGUCGAGCAGCAUGGCGGCCCCCUUAAACAGCAUCUUGCGUGUCCGCCUGUUCUUUGACUACCCGCCGCCAGCCACGCCAGGCUGUCGUAUGAACUGGCUGCUCGUGGACAUGAAUCGCUGCCGUGUAGUGGCUGAUCUAGCGAGUAUCAUUCGUGACAAGUUCGAGUUCAGCCGAGGGACGCUGCUAAGCCUCUUCAUCGACGAAUGCUUCCUACCUCCCAGCGAGAGCGCCUGCUUGGUCCGGGACAACGACAGCAUCAGGGUAAAAACUGAAUGUGUUCUCCCAGAGUUAAAUGGACUAGAGUCAAAGAAUGAAUCUCUUGUCUCACACUGGAAAAACAAAAAGAGAUUCAGGACUGAAGAUGAACCCUUACCUAAGGCAGACAUCAACAGCCACACGAAGAAGAAGAAGAAGAGAAAACAACAACAAGAGACUCCUAGCCCAAGUCCACAGCAGGAGGUGGAGAGCCUUCCUGACUGCAGCCGAAAAAAGAAAGAGCGAAAGAAGAAAGAAUCAGCAUCUGAAGAAUCAGAGGUUCAGCUCAAGCAGAAGAAGAAAGAUAAAGUUUAUAAAGAUGACCUGGUCAUUUCAAAUAAAGAUAAAAAGAACAAAUGUAAGACUUUGCCUGUCUUUUAUGGUUUAAAGCCUCCAAAGUUAUCCUCUGUCUUUAAAAAGACAAGUGUAAAACAAACUGCUCAGUCAGAUUCUGAAUCCAGUACCUCCAGUGACACGACAGAGGAUGAAUUGCCUCCUGCUGCAACCAGCUUAAAACGUUUCAAAGGUCAGCCAUUAUCUGGCUUGGGAGAUGGUACAGUGAACAAAGCUGCAACAUCCAAACAGGCAUCAUCUACUUUUAAACCUGGAGUCACCAGAGAAGGUAGACAGUCUUCUGAUUUAGCCACUGCUAAACAGACCCAGAAGGUGGCUGCGUCAUCUGGAACGAAGCAUGUAGCAACCAGUCAAGCAAAGUCUUCUAGCUCUGAUAGCAGCUCAGAAGAUACAGAAAUGGCGACCAAAAAGCCAGCCGUGGAACAGAUACAGAAGAUGGCUGCUGCAUCAUCUGGAAUUAAGCCUGCAGCAACCAGUCAAACAAAGUCUUCUAGCUCUGAUAGCAGCUCAGAGGAUACGGAAAUGGCGACCAAAAAGCCAGCCCUGGAAAAGAUGCAGAAGGUGGCUGCUGCAUCAUCUGGAAUGAAGCCUGCAGCAACCGGUCAAACAAAGUCUUCUAGUUCUGAUAGCAGCUCAGAGGAUACGGACAUGGCGACCAAAAAGCCAGCCCUGGAACAGAUGCAGAAGAUGGCUGCUGCAUCAUCUGGAAUGAAGCCUGCAGCAACCUCUAGCUCUAAUAGCAACUCAAAGGAUACAGAAAUGGUUACCAAAAAGCUGGUGCCAACUUUGGGGCCAAGCCUCCCUGGUGUGGGUCGAUCCAUCCCACUUAACAUUGGCAGGGGCAGUGGUCGAUUUGAUAACCAGUUCUCUUGGAGGGGUUCUGGUGGGCAUGGACAGAGAGGGGGCAGAGGGAGAGCAAAGGCAGGUGCUGGGAACCAUUUCUUUUACAACUCUGAGGGCAACACGCUUCAGGAGCAGCAAAAAGAUGUUUUGUCAAAUAAGUCUAUCAUACUUGAGAACCCUCCAGCAGAAGAGCCCAAGAAAGAUUAUGCCAGCCUGCCUCUUCUUGCAGCUCCACCACAAAUUGGACAGAGAAUAGCCUUCAAGCUUCUAGAACUGACAGAAAAUUACACCCCAGAAGUGUCUGAUUACAAGGAAGGAAAAAUUAUUAGCUAUGACCAGACUACUAGUCAAGUGGAGCUGGAGGUUCUGACUAGUCCUGCAGUUUCAGCAGAGCCUGGAAAAUUUGAUCUUGUUUACCAUACUCCGGAUGGGGCUGAAGUAGUAGAGUAUGCGGUAACAAGAAGCUCCAAGAUAACAGAACGGUGGAGUUCACUGAUUGAGCCUCGUCUGAUUACCGAAUCCACCCAAGCAGCCACAAGCAGUGGUCCAGCAUGAAGGUGCAUUUUGCUGAUUCUGUACUGUAAAAGCGGACUGUGAACUUUAAAUUAUACUGCGGUGACCAGUUUGACACUGUUGGUAAAAGUCAUCUUUUUUUUUUUUAUCAUUUAAUGUUGUGAAUGUUGCUAAAUGUUCUCUUUUUGUAUUAUUUAAAGUUGGAUACAUUGGUUUUACUGCUGUACAGUUUUCUUUUGCCAUAUUAAAGUUUUUUUUUCC